CUGUCUCUCCAUACUCCUGCAUUUCCUCGUUUUCGUUUUCCAGGUAAACCCAAUCAUUUAUUCUCCGUUGAAAUUACAGAAAAGAUAUUUUUCCUUUGUAACAGGAAUUGUCAAGGAAAAAGAGAUCACAAGACGCGAGAGAAUUGCAGUCGGUUUCCUUUUCUAAACUAGGUGACUUACAGAGCCACUUUGCAAGUACUUUUUACAGUAUUCUGUAUAUAAAAUAGCUAUAGAUCACAAUUUCUUAUUAUGGUCACGAUUUUAAAGCCGGAAGAGACUUAUGUCUUUACAAAGGAGGACGAGAGAGACGAAUUAGAUACCAAGGUAGCCAUGCCUGGAGAAGAAGAUGAAAUGGAAGUCGAUGAAGAAGAUGAGUAUCCUGAAAUGGAAUUAGAAGGGGAGGCCACUGGUAUAAAAAAUAUGGUUGCCCCUGGUCAACUCAUCACCGAUGAUCCUCAAUUUAUGCGUGGUCAUGGAACAUAUUUUGAGGGAGGAGGUAUCUAUGCAUCUGUCACGGGUGUUAUCCAACGUGUCAAUAAGCUCAUUUCCGUGCGACCGUUCAAGACCAAAUAUGUGCCUGAAAUCGGUGACUUGAUCAUUGGUAGAAUUACCGAGGUUCAGCCAAAACGCUGGAAAGUCGACAUUGGCUCCAAACAAGAUGCCGUUCUCAUGCUUUCUUCGAUCAAUUUACCAGGAGGUGUUCAGCGCAGAAAGCUAGAGACGGAUGAACUUCAAAUGAGAAAUUAUUUCCAGGAAGGCGACCGUUUAGUCGCUGAAGUUCAACAAUAUUUUUCGGAUGGCUCGGUUUCUAUUCAUACUAGAUCUCUGAAAUAUGGUAAGCUGCGUAAUGGAGUGUUUUUGAAAGUGCCAUCUUCUUUGGUGGUUCGCUCGAAAUCUCACAUCUUUAAUUUGCCCGGUGGUGUCGAUUUAAUUUUAAGUGUAAAUGGUUACUGUUGGAUUUCGAAACAUAGUAAAAACCAGGAAUCUUCCGUUAGUAUUACCCGCCUUGAAGAAGAAGCUUCCGAGGCUAUCUACUCUAAUGAAAAUGAUGAGGUCGACGCCUACACCCGGUUGAAUAUAUCUCGUAUGUACAUUUGUGUGCGUGCUUUAGCAAAUCGAGGAUUGCCUUUAACAGAAGCUGCCAUAUUGAAUUUUUAUGAAGCCUCCUUACUUUAUGGAGACUUACAGCAAUUGACAUCUCCUAAAAUCCUGGAUCAAAUCGCCGUCGAGGCGAUGCAUUAGUUUUUUUUUUGUUGAAGGGUGUUUUCUUUUUGAUUCUUAUUUUUUAGUGGUAGGUUUAUGCUGGCCAUAAGCAACUGGUUAGACUGUUCAAUAAUGAUUUUAAAAAACGGGUUCUAUUGACAUUUCACAAC